CGCUGCAAGAGUGAGCUCUACCUUCCUCACACGCUCUGCGAUCACCUGCUCGGCGACACACACACAGCACACACCCGGCCAUCAUGGAGGAGGCCGACCUGCUGAAGGAGAGGCUCCAGGCCAUCACGGACAAAAGAAGAAUCCAGGAGAACAUCGCCAAGAAAAGGAGACAGAUCGAAGAGGAGAAACUAAAACUCCAGUACAUAAAGAAGAAAGCCCUGAGGGAGCAAUGGCUGAUGGAUGGUCUGAGUAAGCAGUCGGAGGAGGAACAGGAGGCCAUGAGGCUUCAGGCUCAGGACGAACAGCAGCAGAGUGAUCACCUGCAGAGCAACAUCCUCAGAAUAGAGAAGGAGAUUGAGGCCUUGGAAACCCAGGAGCUCAACAUCUCUGCCAAUGAAGAAGUCGUUCUGAAACGAUUAAAAGAGGUGGAGAGGACGGCCGAGGACAUUAUCAAGGAGCUAAACGCAGAGUUCCAGGCAGAUGUGACCCAUCAUGCCCCCUCACCACUCCCAGGUAUCCCAUCAUUCAUCCCGCUGACACCAACAAAAAAGCCUCCUUUACAUCAGCCUGCCAGUGAAGAACCAAAGAAAGCUACAUUUGCUAUGGAGAUUAGUGUGGAGCAUGAUAAGAGAACAGGCAAAAGCCAGGUGGUCUCGACAGCAACCAUCACCCCAGAAACCAUGCAGGAAAGGGGGUUAAAGGUGUAUGAUGAUGGCCGCAAGUCGGUAUAUGCACUGCACCCAGAUGGAGGCAAAAUGCACAAUGGAGCAGUUGGAGAGAUGUCAUCCACAGAGGUAGAAGAGCUGCUACAUCAGGCCACAGAUAAGAGUGUGCCCACUGAGGUGCAGUACCAUCAGCCUGUAUACUCCGUACCCUACACAGGGAGCAGCACACCUUCAACACCCAGGACACCAAAUAAAACACCGAGGCAAACCCCAACACCCAGCCCCAGAGCUCAAAUCCUCAGAGAGGAAAGCCAGUGCAGCCAAGACCUGGAGGGAUGGAAAACCCCAAGUAAAACACCCAGCCCAAGCCUCAUCCAACAAGACUCUGAGUCAAGAGUCCAAAGACCUAGGGAAGAAACCAAACUGCCCUACUGCCACAUUCCAGGACAAUUGACGGGUGACGGGCAUCGGAUUACACAGCCUCUUUUGGGUGCUAAAACUCCACAAGGAUUUAGCAACAGCAAGAUGGAUGCGGGCAGUCCACUCUCGGCAACUCUUGUCUCAGUCAAAGCCAGGUCUGAAGGAAUGCCAGCACCCAUACAGCCCUCCUACAGGAUUGUGGAUAGCCGCAGUCCUUCACAAGCCAGCCACAAGUAUGACGUUGAUCCUGACGCCUUGAUAGAGAGCUCCGGUGAUUUUAACAGACAGUCACCCUUCUGUGCAGAGAGUAUCGCCUCUCCGAACCUCGUCAACGCCUUGCCAGAGGAGCUGGAAUCAGAUCCCGUCACCAUGAUCUUCAUGGGCUAUGAGAACGCUGAGGACGAGGACGAAGAAGACAUCCAAGCUGAGCUGGUGAUCAUAGGCAACAGCGAUAAUGAUGAUGAUGAUGACGAAGCCCAAUUUGGUGAAAAUGAAAGUGGCGAGGAAGAGUGUCUCUCAUAUCACCCAGAGGGAUACAGUAGCAAAGUCUUCCAACCCAAAGUGGGUAUUGCCAAGGUUACAGGCUGCAGAGACAUUAUGGAAGAUACCUACACAAACUGGGAGGAUUUAGGGCUCCACAAGCCAACAUUCACCCACAAGUCUGGGAAACCAAGUCCCUACAUGCAGGGACAGAGGGUGGAUGAGUCUGCAAACACCGGCAGCAUUAAUAUGGAGAAAAUGAAGCUCUGUUCAACAGGAAGAUAAGAUGGAACUUCACUGGUGUGAGACCAGGUUGUUGAAGAACAAAUAUAAUUUAGGUGAUUUCUUUCUGGUCCUUUAAAAUGUUCAUAGGUCUUUAUAGAUUUGAACAUAUCUUGUGUGUAAAUCAGUCCCUCCA